AGAGCAUCGGCCACAUCUUCUGGACCAGUAGUUUGAGAAGCGAAGUUGUCCUUGAAGCGCAAGGCAAACAAUUUACACAUUUCUGGCAGGGAACAGGCACUGUCACCGUCAUAACAUAUAAUGCUUGGUAGCCCAGCAGAUUUUCGUUUUUUGUCCAUAUAACUCCAAAAGCGCCUAGGGUACUUGCAGAGGGAACGUGCAGUUUGUUUCAAAUAACUACGGUGACAGGAUCUAUUAUAUCGGCGAUAGAGAGAAUGAACUCUGUUGUAAUAAAGACGUGACGUGCUGUUUCGUUCUGCUCGUUGAUCAGAAUAGGCUUUUCUUUUUUCUUUUUUUAAUGCAUUUAGUGUGCGAUCAGCCCAUGGUGGUCCACGACGAGGAAUUUUAACAGGAGUGCAUUCACAUAUAGCAGAUCUCAUGAACUCACAAAAAGCUUCUGUGGCAUCGUCAAUGGUUGAAUAGUCCGAACAGUUAAAAGAAUUGUCAAAAGAUAAAAUCAAUCGCUCCAAUUUUGGAAGGUCAACACGAGCAUAAUUCAGCCUUUUAUCAGCAUCAAUGGCUGUAGCGAUCGUAACUGGGGCUACGUUGUCCAAGUCAAAGUCAAGCGGAGGGUGGUGUUCGUCGAUAGUAGUAAGGGAUAUUCACAGACACGUAUUGAAGCACAUGUAGAUGCAGCUGGCCAAUUUGCGUAAAUUAGGUCAAGUAUUCGCCCCGAUGAGUUAGUAUUGGAGUUAAGCUGGUAUAGUCCACUCUGAUGCAAACCAUCAACGAACUGAACACUGCGCGUGGAGCGUGCAUGAGGCUCAUAGAAAUCAAAAGCAGCUCCAUUUUCCUCUGACGCCGAUGUCCAGGAUAGCGUAGACUGGUUGAAAUCACCAAUAAGCAUGAACCUGUCUCUCGGACCAAGAGUAGUGCAGAUAUUAGCAACGAAGUCGAUCAAUGCACUUAUUUUCUCCUCAUUCAUGCUAUGGUUAGGAGGCAGGUAGGCAGCGGCAAUAAACAAACGGUGGUCGCAUAACAGUGGUCGAAGGAUUUGCUCGAGCCGUAUGCCCAAAAUAUGGGUGCGCUACUGUAGUGCGGUUACUUCGGAAAAAAUUGAACCAGUGUAGUUUGAAGUGUUUUUGAACGUGACGUGGACGGAAGAGUGGGUGAAGGGAGAGUGCAGUUCAUAUCGGUUGGUGAUUGUUCGGUUUGUGUUCGUGCGGGUUCAUGGAUAUGUGCAGGUGAGUAUGGAUUAUUGUGGGGAUUAUUGCGUUGGGUACAAGGCUGCUGUGGUGCCGGUGAGUGUUGAGUGCGAGGCUGUAGUGGUGCCGGUGUCUGCUGAUUACGAGGUUGUUGCGGUAUCGGUGUGUAAGUGUUCGUGUGUUGUGUUCGUGAAUGUAAAGAUCGCGGCGGGAGCGAGAUGAACUCACGCACACCGAGCCCGACCGGCCAGGAGGCUGCGUUAAGUGCCUUACUACGAAGGGCAGCAGGGAUUCUGACCUUGAACGAUACAGCACUCAAUGGGCUAGGAACCGUUCCUGCUUUUAGCAGACUAAAAGCAAUUGCGUCUGCAGUGUCCAACUGCAAACACACCAACGAGACAACUUGCUCUAUGGUGACGGACGCAGCCAACCUUGAAAGAUGCAGCCACAAAUAAUCGGUUCUUGGUAUCUGUGAAACAGUUGGUAUUGAAGCGGAGGUUGUAUUAGUACCUGUGAUUAUUGGUGGUAGUGAAGGACGAUCGAUCCGGUGAGUGUUGUUUGUAUUUGUGACGUUUGAUAUUGCUGCACUGUCAACAAACACGGCAUCUGAGGAUGCAACUGCAUCACGAAAUAAUCUUCGUCUUUUUCCGUUUGGUAGUGCAUCUGGGAGCAAUUGAUUGCUAUGUUGCAAGGAUGCCGAAUGGGCCGUGGCGAUUCCGGCAAAGCCAUCCCGAAUCUCCUGAAUUACCGGUGGGACCAAGCUAGCCUUCAUGGCAUCAACAGCAGCUGUGAGGGCUGCCUGAAACCCAACCUGCAUACCCAUGCCCUUGAUCGCCUUGCUACGCGGAUUCCCGAUGGCGUUAGUACACCCAAUGCAACUCCAGUGCAGGGAAGCCAUCCGUUUCACUUCGUCGAUGACCGAUACAGGCACCUUAGUGCACGCCAGAUGAUGCCGCUGCAGAUGAACGUCGAAGGAGCCACAAAUAAAAUACAAAUAUAUCGUGAACACGGUGGUUCUCGUCAGGAACACGAUGGCAGGGUCACGAGACUACACUUAUGGACACACUAAAACCCGUGUUGAUUAUAGCAAAACCAGAUUACACCAAUAAAACAGCGGAUAAAUGCGGAGCGAUAGCAGUAGACACGCUAUGUUGACAACUGUCAAAGCUGGUUUCAUAGGAUUAAGAUACGAUUUUCGCCAUCAUUCUCCAUUCAUUUAACUUCCCCGCCUGUAGUGACUCUCUGACUACUUGAAGUGCAAUUGGAACAACAGAAUUGCAUUAGUUUAGAUAGAAGUAACUAGCUGAUUGAUAAUAAUAAAUUUAGUCACGCCUGACGUAGUACUUGGCCAGCGUAAAUGAUUAAAAAGCUAGUUAGACGAUUACUUUUUGCGCACCCAUCAAAGGACUUUUUUUAGCUUUUUAAGUGGUUUGGUUGCUAUUGCACGAUUUUAAUGGUUGUUUUUUUGCAAUACGUGUGUAUUGAUGGUCUCUUUAUCAAACCUCUUCAUUACUUUUACCGCCCCAUGCCUGUUGCGUUCAUAAUUCGCUUUUUGCUGUAAAAUAUUCAGCUAGACGAAUACUUUUUGGACUGACCCAAUUACAUUUUCGAGCACGAAUAAUUCGAGCGAUUUCCCUUAAACUGGAGCCUUAAACUUCCCUUAAACUGCACCAGUUUAAGGGAAUUCAGAAAAAAUCCUUUAAAAUCAGCUAUGAAUCGGCUUUUUCGCUACUUUCUUCUAGAUUCGCUUGGAAAUGAUGUUUCCUAUCGUUAUAGUUGGUCAU